CGGUUGGGUGCUUACAGGCCCAAUAGAGGGGACAAGCAAAAAUACUACUUCUAUGAUAGCAGUCUUAGAGAACACUGAAAUUACUCAGACUUUGAAAAGAUUCUGGGAGCUGGAAGCAAUUGGAAUUUCUAAGGAGGAGAGUGCCGUUCAUUCCAAGGAAGAAGAAUGUGCAGUUGAAGACUUUAAUCGCGAAUUAAAGUUUGAUGGAUCCAACUACGAAGUGCGGCUACCAUGGAAACCGAGCCAUGCAAAUCUGACUGACAACUACAAACAAGCUCUGCAGCGAUUGGAAGGAGUUGAAAGAAGACUGAAACGUGACCCAGUAAAGGCAAAGGCUUACAUUGAUGCGAUCGACCAAUAUACGGAGAAAGGAUUCGCAGAGGAAGUUCCCGUCGAAGAGAAACAGUCCACAAACGUUAGAUACUUACCGCAUCACGCUGUAUUUUGUAAUGAUAAAACAACAACCAAAUGUAGAAUCGUGUUCGACGCUUCGGCGAAGGACGAACAAGGCGUACCUCUGAACGACUGCAUACUUCCUGGUCCUGCCUUACAACCAAAUCUAGCAUCAGUUCUUACCCGCUUUCGUACUCACAAGAUUGGUCUGCUUGCAGAUGUAGAAAAGAUGUUCCUGCAGAUCAAACUUGCAACACCAGAUCAAGACGUGCAUCGUUACUUGUGGAGAGAGCUUAACUCAGAUGAAUUACCACGUGUCUAUAGAAUGAAUAGACUUACGUUCGGCGUGAACUGUAGUCCGUUCCUUGCCAUCGCAACAAUUCAUGCGCACGUUACGGGCUAUCUCGAAACUGUUCCAAGAGCUGCCAAGGAACUUUUAGAAAACAUGUACGUAGAUGAUUGCUUGACAGGUGCAGAAACAGAUGAUGCUGCACUAACAUUGACUCAAGAACUAUAUGAAAUCAUGAAGAGUGGUGGUUUUAAUCUCACAAAGUGGGCAAGCAAUUCUCAACAAGUGAUGGACAACAUUCAGCCUGAACACAGAGCACCGUUGCCAAUGGUAGACCUUGCAUCAGAAGAGUCCCUCAAAGCACUUGGCGUGUCAUGGGACUUAAAGUCAGAUUGCUUCAGAUUCAUUCCCCCAAAGGAAGUAGCCACAUCUCGCACCCCCGCUACGAAAAGAACUUUGCUUAGCCAUGCUUCGAGGAUUUUCGAUCCUCUUGGAUUGAUAUCACCGUUCACAGUGAGAGUUAAGAUCCUCUUCCAGAAACUGUGGAGAAAAGGAUUAGAGUGGGAUGAAUCUCUAGACUCAGACACUGAAAGCCAGUGGUCCUCAUGGAAAACCGAGCUACAGCAAGUUACGAACAUCGCCAUACCUCGAUGUUUCAGCGAAGGCCUUAACUCGAGAUCA